UCCUGUGUGAUGUUGAUCAGGUGGGCUCAGACAGCAGACUCAUACAAAGAAAGUCGUAUCAGACGCUCAAUGAAGUCACCAAACAGCAAGAGGACAUGCAGAAAGUUAUUGAUCAAAUUCACUUGUUGUCCAGUGGAAACACACGCAGCUUCAGCAGCCCUUCCACAGAGGAAAAUGUAAACCUGAGUACAUACGAUAAUAUUCUGAGUGAACUCUCUGCUCUUAAUUCACCACUGAGAGAGAGAUUCAUGGAGGACUUUCCCAAAAUGUUAGUUUGCAUUCUGUCUGGGAGACAGGACUGUGGAUUGGAAGCAGAGCUAAUCAAAACUGCGUCACUGGAGUUUGGGCCCCCACUGCUGUCCUUUUUAUCAUCUCUGAGAUCGCAGACCUGCACCUCAGAGACCAGUAAUGAAGCACUAAGAGGCCUUUUUGGGACCUACGCCACUGGAGGGACAGCAAUUCCGGAUUUAAGUAGUUUUCAGCAAAUAAUUCUUAAAAUUCUGUCAAGCCUUUCAGUCUCAGAGAGACUGAAGAGUAUUAUGAAUGCACUCCUGGAUGCUACUGUCAAAUAUGUCUUACAGUUUAUAGCAAUAGUUGUGGAAGCGCCUUUAGACUUUAUCAGGAUAGCUUUACAGUUUGGAAUUGAAAUCCCAUCUUUUGAUAAAAAACAGACCUGUUCACAAGGUAAGAAACCUCUAUUUUUUUUUUUUUUUGAGAUAUUGUAAACCAUUGCAAGAUGUGCCAUUGCAUACUUUUUCCAGGUUGUGAGAUUGUUUUUUAAUAUUCUGCAGGAGAUCUCAAACAGCUCAUUAUGUGGGGUAUGAAGAACAAUGUAAGCUGGUCUUUCAGCGGUCCAUUUAUUGAAAUCCUCCUGGAGAACAUCUUCCCUUUAGAACAAUCAACAUACACCUCGGAAUGCCAGGGUCCUUCCAGUGUCCAGUUCCAACGCACAACCUCGGAUCAGACAAAUUACACUGAGAUCAACUAUGAGAUCAUGUGUGAUCAAGACAACCUGACCAGUCUUAAUGAAACACUGUGCGCUGACAUUUUGUCAGGGGCAGGAGGUGGAUUUUCUGCUUCCAUCUUAACUUUGUGUCAGGUGCUAAAUAACCUCAGUCACAAUCAAGUAGAGCUGACAUGGAGGAACAUGUGCUACUUCCUUCAGGCUCUGGUUUCUCCAUUCAGCACCCGAUCAUCUGUCUGCAGUGUUGAAGACUCGGUUCCUUUUAAUGUCAUCACAUCUCUCCACGAGUUUCUCCCCCUCACUCCUGCUCCUCGGCGAGUAGCCAGAGGGGCAUCGAGCCUCAGACAGCUCAUCUGCGACUACAACGGCUGGCUGGCGAACAGCACAGUGGAUGGUGGUCUUGUGUCUCUGUGCAGCGACAAUGAUCAUGCUGAGUUUGUGCGACAGGUGUGCAACAAUGUAACUCUGAUAAAAAAGCUGCUCUCAUACCCGAUGAACAGUUGGUUGUAUGGAUACUGUGGAAACUCCUCAGCAGAUAUUGGGUACCUCGUGAGCCAGCUCUGUGUCUACGAGCAGUGGCUCAACCAGCCCUCAGAGCCAGUAGACCCCGCGCUGAUAAAUUUCUGCAUGAGCUACGAUAGUUCCAGAAUGACCCAACUGAUGUGUGAGCACACCGGCUUCUUGAUGCUUAUAAUGUCCAACCCUGACAACGGAAGGUUCAUGUCCAAUUGCACAAACUUGCCUCCCCCUCCACCAAUACCUGGCCUGGACCUACUACCACUGGACUCAUGUCAGUACUCAGAAUGGCUUGAUUUGAAUCAAAUCACCACAGAUAUUUUGUCAAAGUGCAUCAUGUUUGAUCAAAGUGGAUUCACGAUGGAGGUUUGCCUCAACAAAACCUUUCUGAACAGUCUACUUCAAAACAAAGAGAAUGGUUGGCUUGAGAUGCACUGCAGUACCUCUUUCAUCCCCUCCAUGCCUGAGCCGAGCCCGGCCUUCAACUUUGCAAACUGGUGUGACUACCAGAUGUGGGGACAAAAGCAGGUGGAUAACUCGAUCGUAGCUCUCUGCUGGCAACACGACCUGCAGUCCUUCAACGACCACGUCUGCUGUCAGUGGUCCGUUCUGGAGAAGCUGCUGCAGGAUCCUCAGAACACAUGGUUGUCCUCAGCCUGCUCUGACAUGUCGGAAAUAACUUUAGCUCCGCAGGUGUGUACAUACUCCGAGUGGACCCGCCCGGUUAUUGUGGACAUGACUGAUGUAGCUCUUUGCUCGGAAAUUGACCCGAAGAAUUUCACAUCCAAGGUCUGCAAGAAUGAUACUGUUCUCCAGAACCUGCUGGCUAACCAAGAUAACACUUGGUUAUUAGAGUACUGCGGCAACCAUUCAAAUCCAGCCAGAACUCCUGUUCCAGGUGUGGGGCAGGGAACGGGCAGGCCUCCGUUCAAUGCAACUGAGCAGUGCCAGUACUCCAGCUGGAGCAUUUCUCCCCCAAAUGCAGCACUGCUGACUCAGUGCUGGGAGCAUGACUUAGCCAACUUUGUCUCUUCCAUCUGUUCCAAUGCUGCCGUCCUCCUUUCUUUGUCUUGGGAGCCUUCCAGUGUGUGGGUGAACAACAUGUGUCAGACCUUCACCAACUACACCACUACGCCCAACAAGAGCACCACUACGGACAAGACUGUCUGCGUGGCACAAGAACUGAUCAAAGAGUUUAACUUGAUCUGCCCUAGCUUCUACAUCUCAGACUGUCGGCCGUGCACCACUCAGAAUAGGGUUCUGCAGAUGAUGGUCCGGUGUUUGAUGGAGACUCUGAGGUCCAGGAAGACGGAGCUGAUGACUGCGUCUGUGACUAAAAUACUGAAUGAAGCUAUCAGCACCACUAUAGUGAUCAUGCUGACUCUGGAGGACGCCCUGGGAACCACAUGGCACGUCACUGAUGCCAUAAGGCCCAGUCUCCUGCAGUCUGUAGUUAACUUUUUCAAGAACGAAAGCGACCCAGACAAAAAGACAGUCUUGCUGCAGUGCUUUGGGACUUUAUUCAGCAGUUUGCUGCACACAACGAGAGAUGUUACCAGUGAAGAAAUGUUUCUCAUUAAGGAGUACUUCCUCGUACCUGUGAGUAGGUUGAGGCCAGUGCUGGCUGCAGCAAACAUCAGCACUGUGAAACUGAUCCUUCAGUACUAUAAUGGGGCUAAAAACAUGCUGGACCUGCCUGAUGGAUACCUGUCCACCAUGGUGUCAGUGUUGCUGCAGACUCAUCUGGUAAAAGACGAGACACUCUUCCCAGAGUUGGCCCCUCUCUUGGCUGCAGCCAGUCCAGCUGACAUCCAAGCUUUACCUGCUCUUCAGAGCAACUACAGUGUGUGAGUAUGAGCGUCACUGAUGGUUGAAACUUUUUUGUUGCACCGUCUUUUCAGAAUUUGAUCUCAUAGUGUUCACUGUCGUCUUUUUUUUAACCUUUGUUUUCCUACCCUGUACCUUUUCAUUAUGGAUUUCUAUUCCACAGCUACACAAUGGUGUAGUGGUUGG